GAACAUUUCCUUGUCUGUUUGUAAUGGUGGGUCCUGACAAGUCAAAACAGUAAUGAGUAGAAGUCCAAACCUCCAAUAUUCUACGAGACUGUGAUAUCUCCGUUACCCUUUCUUAUCCCCAGCGAAGCACUCUUCUCCUUCAUGAGAUUAGUAUGUCACAGAAUUCAAUGGCUUCCUGCUCUUCUUCUUCUUCUCGUGAAUAUGAGAGACCAAACGCUGAAUCCGUCAGGGCAGUCGUCGCUUCAAUCAACACACACAUACAUGAAUUCCUUGCAAAUGACAAAACUUGGAAAUCCGUAAAAUUGAAAUGCACUUCAAAGCUCAAGAUCCAACAGAGAGAAUUCUUUGAAUUCUCUGAGCAUUCAGUACUGUCAAAUCUAUACUGGGGCAUAGACAAUAUUGAAGCUGCAAUUCAGUCAAAACAGCCAGAAGAGAAAUCUGGCAGGCUCAAGAAUUCAGAGCGAAUGCUUCAAGUCCCUGCUUUGCUUAAUGAGCUCGGAGUGACAGCAGGAAUUUCAAACCAGUACUUGAUUUGCUGCUCCUACUUCUAUCUCUCUGUGGUUCGGAAACUCCAAGGAGAUGAGUGGCAGGUUGCAUUGGAUUUUCUCCAAGCUGUUCUGGUCUCCCCACAACUUUUUUGGACAGAAUUCACACCAAAGCCAUGCAACAGUUCAUUUAUUGCCUACAUGACAUUUGAAAGUCAGAAAAUGGGGGCCAAGAGAAGCCUGAACUCGGCAUCUCUAAUGGAUUGUAACGAUGAUGAGAUUGUCAAGGCAAUGAGGCACAUGGCAAGGAGGUACAAGGCAUGGUUAACAUACUAUCAGGUCAUGACAUAUGGAGAGGCUCCCCAGUGCCAUGCUGCAGGCACAGAUACUGCUUCAGCUAAUGAGGAAUUGCAAUUCUGCAAGAACAGGAAGUCCACUGGCACUGCACCAACAAAUUUAAAAGAACGCGGGAAAAGCUUGCUUACUCAUUAUAGUUUUGAGAAGGUGCAUCCACUUGAUCCUCAAGAACAUGUAAGUCAUAAUGUGGAAGAGGAGUCUAAGGUAUCUGACAUUAUGCAAAUUCAAGAACACACAGAAGCUCUUGCAGAUAUUGAUCAAGUUCAUGCUGACAAAUUAAAGAUAAGGUCAAACAUUGGAUAUCUUCAAGAUCUGCUGACAGAAUCCAAGUCAGAUACACCAAUUGCAGAGGAUGCAAACAGCAGUGGUUCUGCAGAUGACGAUAAACACGAGGUGUAUGAUGAUGAAAUCACAACAGAUAGAACUAUGAUAAAUGCAGGCAAUCAAGGACCAGAAACUUAUGAUUGGAAGCAGGUGGCACAUAGCUCCACACGACAUCAAGUGCAUACCAUAUCCUCGCCUCAACCUCCUAGAAAUUUAGAAAAUGAAGAAACCAAUGAAGGAUGCACUACCACUUGCUAUUCAGAAAGAUAUCACAGAUCAUUCAGUGAUUUGGAGUCAUCCAUCUUGGAAUUCAGAAACAUGGAUUCUUGUAGGCUAGGGACUUGCCAUGUGGAAGAAGGGACAAGAGGGAGGAAGUUACACCACUGUGAUCUCCAAAGCUUCAACCAUUUAACAACUGCAGCUGUGGAGAAUAAUUUCACCAUUAUCAAUUGCCAAGGAACUAUUGGAAGAAAUAAACAGAAUCAAUAUUCCAUAGACAAUAUAAAUGAAGUUUGCUUGCUUCCUGGAAAAGGCUCUGAAGCUGAACUAAUGGGAAUACUUGAGAAAGCAAUUUCGAGUCUAUGUUUCUCAGAAGGAUCAGGAACAUGUGAUGAAGAUUACACCAUUGAAGUUGUAAAGACGUAUGAAAUGCUGAGCAGCAAGAGAGGAAUAAAAUACACUCUGCUGAAAGACAUAAUAUUGGAUCAACUGCUAGCAGCUAUUUCAACUUCCAAAGAAGUAGGAGUUAUCAAGGCAUCAGUUACCAUACUUUCAACUCUUGUUGCAAGGAACAAAAGAGUUAUAAAACACAUCAACAAGAAUGGCUUACAGCUGUGCAAUUUAGCAGGUGCUCUCAAGCGAAAUGUGCAUGAGGCAGUGAUUCUAAUUUAUUUAAUAAAUCCACCUCCCUCUGAAAUUAAAACUUUAGAACUUUUACCAACACUAGUGGAGGUUUUGUGCACUUCAAGCCGUUACAAGGGCAGGCUAGCACCUGUUUUGCCGACACCUCCUGUAGCAUCACUGAUGAUCAUUGAAGUUUUAGUAACUGCAUUUGACUAUGCUACCAAUAACAUGCACUUGGCUGCAAUUAGUUCACCUCGAGUCCUCUCAGGCCUUCUGGAUGUUCCAAGAAAUAAUAAUUUGGAAGACUUCACCUCUUUGGCCACUAUUCUCGUUAGGUGCAUGCGAUUUGAUGGACAAUGCAGAAAAUAUAUUUCAACAUCUGCUCCUAUGGCCCCAUUUAUCUCUCUCUUAUUGAGCAGCCAGAAGCAAGCCAAAUUCAUCGCCCUAGAAUUUUUCCAUGAAAUGCUUUGCAUGCCACGGUCAUCAGCCACCAAUUUAUUGCAACAGAUACAAAAAGAAGGAAGCACCAACAAUCUGCAAACACUACUGCUGCUCAUCCAACAAUCACAGCCCAAGUAUAAACUUCUGGCAGCAAAUUUGCUGCUUCAGUUAGACAUACUGGAAGACCCACAAGGUCAAAGCACAUAUAGAGACGAGGCCGUGCAAGUCCUUCUCAAGUCAUUGACCGAUGAAGAGAAUUCUGAUGCGCAGCAACUGUCAGCAUUCCUUCUAUCCAAUCUUGGUGGAACAUAUACCUGGACAGGGGAACCAUGUACAGUAGCAUGGUUGCUGAAAAAAACAGGUUUGACCUCACAGCAACACAGGAACAUGAUAAGAAACAUCAACUGGUUGGAUCAGACCCUACAGGACCCUGGUGUCGACACAUGGUGUAGUAAGAUUGCCAGAACUGUUGCCAAAAUUGGGACACCCAUAUUCCAUGCCUUGGUAAGAGGACUAAGUAGCAAGAAAGAGAAGGUUUCUCGACACAGUCUGACUGCCAUUGCGUGGAUUGGAUGUGAAAUUGCUAAGUUUCCGGAUAACUUGAGAUAUUCUGCAUCUGAAAUCUUGUUAAGUGCAGUUGACCAAUUUUUGCAUCCUGGCUCAGAGCUUGAAGACAGACUUUUGGCAUGUAUAUGCAUCUACAACUAUGCUUCGGGUAAAGGAAUGCAGAAACUAAUUCAUUUCUCAGAGGGAGUGAGGGAGUCACUUAGAAGACUUUCACACAUAACCUGGAUGGCAGAGGAAUUACUGAGGGUUGCUGAUUAUUUCCGGCCGAAUAAAUGGCGAAUUUCUUGUGUUCACACACAAAUUCUGGAGGCUACUUACAAAUACAGUGGAGCCGUAACUGCUCUUGUCUACUACAAGGGACAGCUUUGCAGUGGAUAUGCAGAUGGGUCAAUUAAGGUAUGGGACAUCAACGGACAGACAGCUACACUUGCACUGGACAUGAAGGAGCACAAAAAAGCAGUGACAUGUUUUUCACUUUUUGAACAAGGGGAUUGUUUAUUGAGUGGAUCUGCAGAUAAAACUAUAAGGAUGUGGCAAAUGAUCCAAAUGAAACUGGAGUGCAUUGAAGUGAUAGGAAUGAAGGAACCACUUCGAAGUCUAGACACUGAUGGCCAACUCAUUUUUGCAGUCACAAAAAGCUAUGAAAUGAAGGUGUUUGAUGCAUCAAGAACAAUCAGAGACCAGUGCAGAGCCAAACAUGUGAAGUGUGUAAGGGUAAUUCAUGGGAAGGCUUAUUUAGGUUGCACAGAUUCAAGCAUACAGGAGUUAUCUAUAACAAACAAUCGGGAGCGAGAGAUGAAAGCACCAUCAAAGAUUUGGAGGAUGCAAAGCAGGGCCAUCAAUGCCAUUGUUGUGUAUAAAAAUUGGUUAUACAGUGCAAGUGCAGUCGUUGAGGGUUCAGAUAUCAAGGAAUGGAGAAGAAAGAGCAAACCCCAAAUGUCCAUAGUGCCAGACAGAGGAACAAAUGUGCUGGCAAUGGAGGUAGUCGAGGACUUCAUAUACUUAAAAUGCAGUUCGUCACCAAGCAUCCUUCAGAUCUGGUUGAGAGGGACACAGCAGAAAGUUGGAAGGUUAUCAGCUGGGAGCAAGAUAACAAGCCUCCUUGCAGGCAAUGAUAUUAUUCUAUGCGGUACUGAGACAGGACUAAUAAAGGGUUGGAUCCCCCUCUAGCAGCAGAUCCCUAGCAAACGAAGUUGUCAUCAGUAUAUUUCAAAAGCUGCAAAGAGUUUUCAACUGAUUUGGUCAACCAGCACAAAUAUAGCAAAUGUAUAUAGAUACAGAAGGCAAAGCAGUAGCAUAUGAUUGGUUUCAAUAGUUAAUUACCUUAAAAGAUUAGCUCAAAUAUAUUUUGGUUGCAAGACAUGCUCCAUUGUAAACAAGGAAAAAAAGAAGAAACAUAUUUUCACCUAUCGUUUCUCAUUUUACUAGAAAAUUAUAAUUGAAAUUUUACAAA